GGACAACGGUAGGGCGGCCAAUGAGCGGAAGGGCGGGGGGCGGGACGCUGUCGGGGCGGUCCAAUGGCGUGCGGCGAAGGGGGCGGAGUUCCGGUGGAGGCGGCCAUGAUGGCGGAGGAGCGGCGGUUCGCGGAGCUGCCGCGGGAGGCGGUGCGGCGGAUGGCGGAGGGGGCGGGCGCGGAGCUGAGCGAGGAGGGGGCGGCGCUGCUGGCCGAGGACGUCUGUUAUCGCCUGAGGGAGGCGGCCCAGAACAGUGCCCAGUUCCUGAAGCACACCCGCAGGAGGAAGCUGACGGUGGAGGACUUCAACCGAGCGCUGCGCUGGAGCAAUGUGGAGGCUCUGUGUGGGUUCGGUUCAGCGGAGGCCCCCCCGCAGCGGGACGCCGAUCCGUGCCCCCCCGAGCGCGCCGUGCUGCUGGCAGACCUGGCCCUGCACACCAACAUCCCCAAAGGCUGCGCCCCCCCCGCCGUGCGUGGUCAUGGGGCAGUGUGUGUCCCCCCCCACACACUUUCCCCCUCGGUGACCCCCCCCUCAGUCCCCAGCGCCGUCUCAACGCUCAGCGAUGAUCUGCUCAAGUAUUACCAGAACGUCACCCGCGCAGUGCUGGGGGAUGACCCCCACCUCAUGAAGGUGGCGCUGCAGGACCUGCAGACCAACCCUAAGAUCGCGGCGCUGCUGCCCUAUUUCGUCUACGUCGUCAGUGGGGUGAAGUCUGUGAGCCACGACUUGGAGCAGCUGCGGCGCUUGCUGCAGGUCGCGCGCUGCCUGGUGCUCAACCCCUUCCUGUGCCUGGGUUCCUACGGGCGCAGCCUGGUGGGUUCCGUCCUUUACUGCGCCCUCGAACCCCUGGCUGCCUCCAUCAACCCCAGGAACGACCACUGGACCCUGCGGGAUUCUGCUGCCGUCCUGCUGGGCCGCAUCUGUCGGCUGCAUGGCGACCAGCUGAGCGGGCUGCACCCCCAGGUGCUGCUGGCCCUCCAGAAGGUGUUGGCUGACCCCGUGCGCCCGCUCUGCUCCCACUAUGGGGCCGUUGUGGGGCUGCACGCUCUGGGCUGGAAGGCAGUGGAAGGCGUCCUGUUCCCCCACCUGCCCUCGUACGGCGCCAGCCUGCAGGCCGUGCUGGACGACAACUCCGUGUCCAACGCGCAGGUGAAGGCGGACGGGCACAAAGUGUACGGAGCCAUCCUGGUGAGAGACCCCAAAGAACCUUACGGAAGCGAUACGGGUGGGGGGGGGUCCACCCGGAAAAUGCCUCAAUUAACAGCCAGCUCCAGCCCCCCUCCGGAUGACCCCCCACGUCCGACACCUCACCGCCCAUCGCCGGCGUUUCCCCGCGGCAUCCGCGGCGGUGCCGGCACGACUCGUCCUCCCGUUCACCGUUUGGGGAUCCGGGACGUCUUCCAAAAAUGCCGGUUCUCCCCCCGCGGACCCCCCCGUUUCGCUUUUCUCAUCGCCGGGAGGCAAACGGGACGUCGGUGUCACGGCAGGCGUUUCCAGACCGUUUUUGGGCAGCACCAUUCACCGGGCCACGUGGCGGCGCGCUACGCGCAGAAGCUGCCGGUGAUCGGUCGCGCCGGGCGGGCGACGCGGCGUCGGGUCCGACCCGAAUAUUCCCUACUCUUCCUGUUGUAAAACAGGGAGGUUUUGGGGGUCUCCUGUCCGUCUCUCAUUGGGUUUGGGUCAAGGUUGGGUGUUAUGAUUUGGAUGGAAGACGUAUCUCCGAAAAAA